GCUGUGUAACCAUGUGCCCUCAUUCGCAGAGCUGCAAGAACAGGAAGAGGAAGACCAGCUUGUGGUUUACGAAUCUAAAUUCGCAGUGCUUUUUGACUGCCAGCCACUGCUGUCUGUUAUAAUCAUGCUAACAGAACAGGAGUGUGACGAAAGAGGAUCUUUACGAUGGCAAUUCAUAGUUCAGUAUACAAACAUGUUCACUUAAAAUUACUUUUUUGUGCCAAUAGUUUUAUUCUGCUGACCACCAAUCUGAGUUGUGACUCACACACAGGGAAGCUACAUGUAAGCGUGAAACAAGAGAUGAGUCAAACAUUUGAGAAGGGCUGGAUUUCCCUGAUAUAUUUUUAACUGUAUUUAGUUAAACAAAGUUCUACAGGAAGCAGGCGGCUUGAUGAGACCCUCCGCACCCAGGUGUUCCAUAUCAGUGAUCUGUGCCAUUUUGAACUGGAACUCCCUGCAUCGCCAUGACGCAAACUAAAUUCAGAGUUUUCCUCAUCCUCAUCAUCCCCAUCAGCUUCCUCUCAGCCAUGUUCUUCUACAGUGUGCUGGAAAAUGAGCUUCAUCAGCAGAAAUAUCAUCCAAAUGUUUCUCAAAGAAUUUCUCAAAGAAACAUCAGCAUCCUGCUGUGGACCUGGCCAUUUGGCCGCUCCUACAGUCUUGCUGGAGACAAAUGCCUUGCGAUGUACAACAUCAGCCGCUGUUUCCUCACUGAUAACACCGCUGCCUUCUCAACUGCUGACGUGGUCGUGUUCCACCACCAGGAAAUCAGCAGAGGUGUGUCGUCAUUGCCCUUGCACCUUCAUCGCCCGGCCUCCCAGCACUGGGUGUGGAUGUCCAUGGAGCCUCCUGUCAACAAUGUAAACCUAGCACAGUUCAAUGGUAUCUUCAACUGGACGAUGAGCUACAGACGUGAUGCAGACAUAUCCAUCCCUUACGGACAGACCAUUCAAGGAGGUGAUGAGCGAAGCUUCCAGGGAGCUCCGAAUCGCUCCUGCCUUGUUAGCUGGGUCGUCAGCAGAUACAAGGCUCACCAGGCUCGGUCUGGAGUUUACAAAAGUCUAAAGAAGUACAUCCCCAUAGAGGUGAAUGGCAGAUUGACCAAUAAGCUGCUGUCAGACAAUAACCUGCUGCCCACCAUUGCAAAGUGUCUAUUUUACCUGUCUUUUGAGAACUCUGAGGUGAAGGACUACAUAAGUGAGAAGCUCUGGAGGAAUGCAUUUCAAGCAGGGGCCAUACCGGUGGUUCUCGGCCCCAGCCGGGCCACCUACGAGGCCCUGGCUCCCCCUCAGUCCUUUAUCCAUGUGGCUGAUUACAAGAGCACAGCAGAUCUGGCUGCGUACCUGAAGCAUGUGGCUCAUGACAGGCAGAUAUAUGAGUCGUACUUCCAGUGGCACCACACUCACAGAAUAAAAACUUACACUGACUGGAGAGAAAGGCUGUGUCAAAUCUGUGUCAAGUACCCCAGUUUGCCAGCCAACAGGGUCUACCAGGACCUGGAGAGCUGGGUUAACAGCUGAGAGAUUAUCUCUGCAUGCUGUCAGGUCACUGGGCUGUUUUGCUGAUACUGCUUGGUUACCAAAUGCUUGCAUGUGUAUGGUGAAAUACCAUACAAUGAGAGUAUUUAGGAUGUGUCUGUUGGGACCUAGUAUUUGUGAACUAUAGUUCGGCCUACAUGUUUAGCCAAAGCCUGUAACCACAUGUUUCUUUGUUCUGGAGACAAAGGAGAGCCUCCAGAACUCAGUCUCCCAGGGUGCUUCAACUUCACACCUAGGUGUUAAAACUGCCCCUGGACACAACUUUCAACCGCCAUUGGUCACUCUGGGCCCCAUGACCCAUGAGGUCACCAGGCCAAUAUAAGCCCAGUUCCCUCUCUCUUCCCUCUCUUUUGACUCAACUUUUCCACUCAACCCUCCUGGAGGAGAGGUGUAGCUCUCCGGCUCACCCAGCCAGGGAAACGUCCUCCCUACCCAAACUCUACCAACCUUCAAGCAGGCCUGCCUGGAGCAGACUGCUGAAACCUUCCAAAAGUCAGCGACGCAAGAGCCUGCCUCAGAACUUCAGCACAAGAGCUGCAUCGCAGAGCAGAACCACAACAACAGGAGCCACAAACCAUCAAGACCCCUUCACUGGACUUCAAACAGCACAUCAAAAAGGGUCUUUUCCCCUUUUCAUUGAUGGGUAACACAACUGGGCUUAAUAGUUAAACUUAGCUAAGCAAAUGAUUGUUUAUUCUAUUGUGUGUGAUGUUUAUAAGUUUGAUUUGUGUUGUUGUGAUAUUUGGUAAUACGUUAUUUGAAAGUUAAAGGGGACAUAGCAUGCAAAUUCCACUUUGUUACUGCUUCUA